GGAAAUGUAGUCUGGCGACGCUGCCUUGCCCGCCAUUCCUGUAAUGGCUGCUUUCCGGUCAGGUGUAUCACUGGUAACCUCUUAGCCUCGGCAGCGGGAGCUCCAAGGAGGGACCGUUUCACUUCGGAUAGAAUUUUAUAUACACCCUUUUUUUGGGAAAGUUCAGCCCUCAAGAUCCCCACAUCAUGAAUUCAGUUUCAACACAGUUGAUCUUAGCGUUUACUUCACUGCUCUUGAUUCUGCCUGUUGUUGAGGCAGUAGAAGCUGGGGAUGCAAUUGCACUCUUACUAGGCGUGGUUCUCAGCGUUACAGGCAUCUGUGCUUGCUUGGGGAUAUACGCAAGAAAGCGAAAUGGACAGAUGUGACCUUGAAGGACUCUUCUGUAUUAGACUUCACCCUGACCACACUGAAAACCAUUGUGCUAUGGAGGCCAAACCUAAGGUUUGAUCUCUCCUGUUCCCAGCAAGAGGCUGCAGUUAAGAGGAUGGUUUCACAGUCUUGUUUCUCAUAAGAUGGGAGGAGAUGGGGUGGGGUGGGAGUGGGAGCUUUUACAAUGAAGAGUGCGUGCGCUAAUAUCAUGGCCUAUACUUUGUAUUUGCUGCUUAGGAAGGCGGCCAAAGAGGGCUUCAAUUUGCCGAAGUAUUAUUUCAUACUUUCUAAAUUGUUAAAGCACAUGAAAUUGGAAGAAGGAAGUAUUUGCUCAGAAUCUAGUAAAUCAACAUUGUUGCUGUAUUAAUCACUGCCUCUUGAAUUCUGCGGGAAACUUUUUCUCCAUAUUUUUGUUGUUGUUCUAUUUUAUCUUUCUAUUUGAUAUUGAACUUAGAUAUUAAAUAGCCAAAAAUUGAAACUUUUAUUUCUGAGAAAAAAAAUUAACUAAAAUGUACUCAACAUAUCUAAUACUAACAUGGAGAAAAGAUUUGCUUAAAAAAUAACUUUACAUUGAGUGGCAUCUUCUUUGUGAGAAGUACUGUAUUGAAUACAUACCCAUCAUGCCAUAAGUUAAUCUGUCUAUUUCGGUGUCCUUAUAUCUGUGUGUAGAUGAGUUAUGUAUAAGAUAAAUAGAGAUCACAAUGGGUGAGAAAUGAGCAUCGUUGAGGUAGGAGAGGCCUCUGCUAAAAAAAAAAAAAAAAAUCUACGUAUAGAAAAGGAAGUGUAUUGGCCUGUAUUGGUUUGUAUACCAGCUAAAUAAAUGGAAACAUCUUCUUUGCCAUAGUAA